GUGGAUAGCCAGGAUUGGUACCCCCCCAGCGAAGCCUACUGCUGUGCCAUCUUGAGAAACCUUGGAGGAUCGUUCCCUGGAAUUACAAAGCUGUCUUUGCGCUGUACAGGAGGACAUUUGAAAGAAGAAUGGGAACAUCCGGGUUUUCUGGGUCUGGAAAUGGCUGCCUUUCUGUUCGAGGUGGGCAUCCGCAAGAAGAGGCCCUGGGUCAUGCCGCGGGGCAUUGGACAGAUCCGGCAGCACUUGUUGGAGAGGAAGAUUUCAUGUCCCAAAGGCGUCAUCAAGGAACACUUGGGCGAUGUGAUGGAAGAGGAGGAUUUCAUGAUUGCCAGAGAAUUGAUGGAACGAUCAGGCACCGAAUUGGUGGAAGAAGAUGACAGCCAAGCUGAGAGGGUGCCCUUUGAUUUAGCAUUCAUGUGAUGAAAACGGCUGCUGAUCUUCCUGCUGGUUGUCAUCUCACCGCAAUCCCAAG